UAUAUUCGUUGCCUGUACUCUCAGAGUCUCAGGCUGCAUACACUUUACGACAGUCUAAUGAGAGAGAGAGAGAGUAUUUCGGAUUUCGACAUGCUUAGAAUUGCGUCGUUUUGUUAUGUUAUUAGUUAUUUGUACAAAGCCGAUUCUUGCUUAUGAUUUUCCAUAAGCUUGUACGUUUAUGAUAUUUACUAGUCAGUUUCUUGUUGAAGUUUUAACUUUUUGUAAGUUGAUUUUUCUGUGAUUCGACAAGUUGAGAUGGCACUUGUACGCACCCUAAACGGAAUUUCAAAAUCCGUCUUCUCUUCCUCUAUUUCGAAAUCCUGGUUGUCAAGCAGGCAAUUAGCGAAGCCGGGUUUUCUCGCGAGAAGUACGUCAACGACCAAACCCCUUUGUGAAAAGAAAGAGGUGAAGGUGACGUUUGUUAGAGCAAGUGGAGAGAGAAUAGAAGCUAAAGCAAAAGUAGGUGACAGCCUGUUGGACGUAGUUGUUAACAAUGAGAUUGAUUUGGAUGGAUUUGGAGCGUGUGAAGGUACAUUAACGUGUAGUACUUGUCAUUUAAUUUUCUCUCAAAAAGAUUAUGACAAAUUGCCUGAAAAGCCAACAGAUGAAGAACUUGACAUGUUGGAUCUUGCUUAUGAUUUAUCUGACACGUCAAGAUUAGGUUGUCAAAUAAUAAUGACCGAAGACUUGGAUGGUCUUGAAGUUAAAGUACCUACUACCAUAAAUGAUGCAAGGUCUUAACAGAAACAAAUACUAGUUAGUAAUUAAUUGCAACUUAAUCAAAUUCCAUGAUUUAUACGCAGCACAUGAUGCGUGACUCACAUGAGCAAGUGCACAUUGGAUUUUGUACAUAUAUGGAAUCAGCCAUGUUACAAAGAAUAACCUUGUUUUUAGCCAAUCGAAUUUGUUCAAAGAACAAAGAUAAUAGAACCAAUUAAUUAAUUAUAUGUACAAAGAAGUCUGUGUAUAUAAGUACAUAUAUAAUAUGUAUAAAAAGAAGUUAUCAAUGAUUUUUAAACUGAAUUUAUAGUUUAUUGACGGUUUUACAGAACUAUUUUUUAACAAAAGAAAACAAAAGAAUGCAUUAUUGUGCAUGUUAAAAUUAAAAUAAACUUUUAAAAAGAAAGACGUGUUUUACCAGUCAUUUAAUAACAAAAAUUAGUUAAUUAAUUAUAAAGCUUAAGUAAAACUCGACAGUCGUUUUUGUAAUCAAAUAAUUUAUUUUUUAUUCGCCUCGUUUUUAAGUAUACACAAUGAAUCGAUAUUCUAUAACAUAAUAAUUAUUAGUACAUAAAGCUAAAACACUUUUGUACUCAGGGAGUUAUGUGAAUCUAAUAAUUUAUUUUUUGCCAUUAAAUUUUAUAUAAACUAUGGAAAUUAUUUGUUUUAACUACACUAUACUUACAUGUUGUGGCAACGAUACAUAUUAUAUUAUUAUGUAAUUUACAUAUUUUCAUUUGGUUACCCUGCUUGAUUUUCAUGAGGCAACGGUGCAAUAAAAAAAUAGGUUGUUAAUAUGCGCAAUACAGCUAGUCUGUUUAUUUACACAUAUCGAAAAUUAAUAUCGACUAAAAUUUAACUUUGAACGUUUUUAUAAAAUGUUCGCGAAAAUUGAUAACACUUUAAUUUUAUUUCUCAUAAUAUUUAUACAAUUAAUAAAAUAGAUUGAUUUUUUAACAGACCAUACAAAUACUUUUCGUUUACGUAAGUGUAAAAUUUUGAUGCUAAUCGAUAUUUCGAUAUUCGUAGAUUAAAAUGUUAUUACAUUAUUUUUUCAAUAAUCGCAGCGAGUACCGUCCAAUAACAAAGAAAAAAAAUAGUCUCGCUCUCGAUCGUGUACACGAUUUUAAAAAACUUACAUGGUAAGGCAAGAAAUCGUUGUAACAUUUUAUGUAAUGUUUUGUUUAAUCAACAAGUUUACUUGUAAAUAAAACGUGACAGUGAUCUCCGAGGUAAAUAUAUAAAGAUUUGUAUAUAAU